UGUGUGUCCGUGUCCUGUCAUGGAGAGUGAGAGCUCCAGUCCAGUUUAGUCUCAGUGACACGGAGUGAGUCGCCGCCUAACCGUCCAGCUCACCGUGCGCGCCGUGUUGCCGCUGAACAGCCGCUGUAGCCGCGCUGUCUGUCGUUCAGGAUGGGCUGCGCUAUAUCAGGUCUGGGUUUGGCUCCCAGGCAGGUGACAGAAAGCCGGGGAGAAGAGGAGCACCUCACCGAGGAGCAGAUCAGCAUGAUCAAGGAGUCGUGGAAAGUUAUUCAGGAGGACAUCGCUAAAGUUGGGAUCAUCAUGUUUGUCAGGUUGUUCGAGACUCAUCCAGAGUGCAAAGAUGUCUUCUUCCUGUUCCGUGACGUGGAGGACCUGGAGAGGUUAAGGACCAGCAAGGAGCUGCGUGCCCACGGCUUGCGAGUGAUGUCUUUCAUCGAGAAGAGUGUAGCCAGACUGGACCAGUUAGAGCGUCUGGACAUGCUUGCUGUGGAGCUUGGCAAAAGCCAUUACCGCUACAACGCCCAUCCGAGGUAUUAUGGGUAUGUAGGAACAGAGUUCAUUUGCGCAGUUAGACCGAUUCUGAAGGAAAAAUGGACUCCUGAACUAGAGAAGGCAUGGAAGACGCUGUUCCAGUACAUCACCCGGCUGAUGCGGCAAGGCUACUUAGAGGAAGAGGGGACAAAACGCACCCACAUGCUGGUGUCCACCAAAGAGCGGCCAGACAAGAGGAACACAGCACUUUAGACCAAGCCUCGGCUCAUUCUAUAGACUUGUGUCCAAGUUCCACAGGAUUGUGUUCUACGUGACGUAGUUGUGUACAUAGUGUAUUUAUUUCUUUGAAUUCAUUGUUUUUACAAACACAUAUCGUUUCUUGAAACACCAAAAUGAUCAGUCUGUUCAGUGACUUCUUUCGUAAACACUAAAUUAAGGUUAACAAAUCACUCCCAAAGUGCCUGAUAAAGGGCAAGUUCAACCUUAUUACACAGAACCAAUUAUUACAGACCAAUAAAAAAAAAACUCAGUGAAGUACUGGACUGGGCAAAAUUUUAAUUUGGGACCAAAAAUAAACUAACAUCAUUCAGACGCUGUACAACUAGCUCAUUGCACUGUUACAAAUAGAUGAAUGAUGUCAACCGCAAUAACUGUAUUUAUUAGCAUAGACUGGUUGUGG